UCUUGUGAGCUGUAAAAAAAAGUAACAGGAUGCACGAAUGAAGCCGCAAAAGGGAGACGGCGAAGAGCAGCACGAAAAGUCCGAAAAGAACAUGAAUAAAUCAUAACUAAAGUUAGUGCGAUCGCUUCUCGCCCUCUGCGAUCGGUUAGACAUAAAAUUAAAGUACAAAUAAACGAAAACAUUAACCGAGGUUCAACGACCGCCGACUUCUAUGCCUCUCCAUGUGUGAGACUGUUCAGUUGGCAGAGAUAGAAAAAGCAUAGCAGAGCAUAUAGCCAGAAUUCCACUUCUUUUUUUCGGGCCCAUUAGCACCUGUCACACCAGUCUUUAUCGCGAGUUUUGGUGGGUUAUCUAGAAAGAGCAACAGUUGGUGCUAAUCAAAAGUGCUAAAAAUAUCCAGAAUAUCAGUUAAUCCCAAUAAACAACUAUACAAAUCCAGUCAAAUGUCACUAUCACGUCAGCUGAAGCGACAGAAAAUGACUCAAGGGAAAAAGUUUGGCGAUGGAGAUCCAUGUAAUUACCAGGAGCUUAACAUCAUCGGCACAGGUGCUUAUGGAACGGUUUAUAGAGCCCGAGAUGUGAUCACCGGUAAUAUAGUUGCCCUAAAGAAAGUGAGGAUCUCGCUAAAUGAAAAUGGAGUGCCGAUGUCCACGUUGCGGGAAAUUUCCCUGCUCAAACAGCUAAAUGCCAGUAAUCAUGCAAAUAUCGUCAAGCUGUUAGAAGUAUGCCAGUUUCUAGAGCGUGAUGGGCAACUGUUAAUUCUUUUGGUUUUCGAGCACCUGGAACAAGAUCUAUCGGACCUUAUAGAUAGACUACCCAAAUCGGGCAUGUCGCCUCCUACAAUUCAGCGCCUUUCAAGGGAACUUCUAACUGGUGUUGACUUCCUACACUCACAUCGCAUUAUUCAUCGGGAUUUGAAGCCACAGAAUUUGCUGGUUUCCUCACAGGGUCACCUAAAGAUAGCUGAUUUCGGUUUGGCCAAAACCUAUGGAACGGAAAUGAAACUCACUUCCGUGGUGGUAACCUUGUGGUAUCGCGCCCCGGAAGUUCUUCUAGCUCAGCCUUAUAAUAGUACAGUAGAUAUUUGGAGUGCGGCCUGCAUUAUCUUCGAGAUGUUUAAUCGCAGAGCCUUGUUCCCGGGAACCUCUGAAAAGAAUCAGCUUGACCGCAUUUUCGAACUCACUGGUCGACCCACUGAACAACAAUGGCCUCAGACCAUUUCCGUCGCCCUGGAACACUUUCCCCAGCGACAUCCAAAGAGACCAAAAGACUUUUGUCCAAAUUUGUGCGAAUAUGCCGAUGAUCUAUUGAAUCAAAUGCUAUCCUACGACCUCCAUCUGCGACCAUCCGCCUUGGCUUGUCUGGAGCACAAGUACUUCCAACAGGAACCACUAUAGCUCUAAAACUUAUCCCAGAGAGAUAAAGGAAGUGAACUGAUCAUUACGGCCUCGCUUCGUUCUUGUUACAAUGUUCCUUUAAGUGUAGUGAAGCAUUUUGUUUAUUUUUCGCGACAGUCCAGUUAUUGUGUCCGGAUCCGGAUCCGGGAUAAAGAAUACCUUAAUAUGUUUGUAGUCGUAAGCUAAGUGUAAAGAGAAAAAACAUUGUCGUGUCGUAUAAAUAUUACUGCCGAUCAACUGAUAACCGCUAAAUGUGAAACGAUUCUCGAGGGCGUUUAAUAGCCCUCCAAAUCGAAAUGUGAUACACAAAGUUCAGGAAUGCAUUAUACAAUUUCAAAAUUUUGUACAACAACAACCAUUUAUAUAUGCAAUUAUAUAUACAGCAUACAUUUAUA